GUUUGGAACGUCGUGUCGCCAGCGGGCUGUCAGUCGGGGGGAGAGAGGAGGAAUCGGUCCAGCAUCUCUGGAGCAGCGGAGCGAAGCGGAUGACAGCGACGCACAUCGAGCUAAAAUGAGGAGUUUUUAGCUCGAUGUUUCCCCUCACUGGAUGUUUAAAACGUGGAUGUUUAAAGAUUGAGCGCGCUCGUCUGCCGUAGAUCAGCGCGGAGAUCUGACUUUAUUCUAUCAAUGAGAUAUGUGGAGUGUCUCUACCGCCCGGUGGUAACGCAGAAAAACACAAGAUGAAGAAGCAGUUCAACCGAAUGAGACAGCUCGCCAACCAAACAGUGGGCAGGGCUGAAAAAACAGAAGUAUUAAGUGAAGAUCUGCUACAGGUGGAGAAGCGUCUGGAACUGGUCAAGCAGGUCUCCCACAGCACACACAAGAAGUUGACCGCCUGUCUGCAGGGCCAGCAGGGCGUGGACGUGGACAAGAAGUCUGUCAGGUCGCCCUCGAAGAAGCUUCCUCUUACAACACUAGCACAAUGUAUGGUGGAGGGGGCGGCUGUGCUCGGGGACGAGUCUCUACUAGGGAAGAUGCUGAAGCUCUGCGGCGAGACGCAGGAAAAACUCGCUAACGAGCUCAUCUUGUUCGAGCUCACCAUCGAGAGGGACGUCGUCGACCCUCUGUACGAUCUCGCAGAGGUGGAAAUCCCAAAUAUCCAGAAACAAAGGAAACAUUUAGCGAAGCUGGUCCUGGACAUGGACUCAGCGCGCACACGGUAUUAUCAGUCCACAAAGUCCUCAGGACUGUCCAGCAACCUGCAGCCAUCGGGAGCCAAGGCCGACCACCUCAGGGAGGAGAUGGAGGAGGCAGCCAACCGCAUGGAGAUCUGCCGAGAUCAGCUAUCAGCAGACAUGUACAGUUUUGUGGCCAAAGAAAUGGACUAUGCAAGCUACUUUCAGACAAUGAUAGAAGUCCAGGCAGAGUACCACCGGAAGUCCUUAGAGCUGCUUCAGAGUGUGCUGCCUCAGAUCAAAGCUCAUCAGGAGACCUGGGUGGAGAAGCCGUGCUACGGGAAACCAUUAGAGGAGCACUUAGCGCUCAGCGGGAGAGAUAUUGCCUUCCCCAUCGAGGCCUGUGUCACCAUGCUGCUGGAGUGUGGCAUGCAGGAGGAGGGUUUGUUCAGGAUCGCUCCUUCGGCCUCCAAACUGAAGAAGCUGAAGGCGUCUUUGGACUGCGGCGUGAUGGAUGUCCAGGAGUACUCUGCAGACCCUCACGCCAUCGCAGGGGCGCUGAAGUCCUACCUGCGGGAGCUCCCUGAGCCGUUAAUGACAUACGAGCUCUACAACGACUGGAUCCAGGCCUCCAACAUUCAAGAUCAAGACAAGAGACUGCAGGCUCUCCUCAACGCCUGUGAGAAACUACCCCCGGCCAACAACAACAACUUCAAGUAUUUGAUCAAAUUCCUCUCCAAACUGACUGAAGACCAGGAUGUUAACAAGAUGACGCCUGGAAACAUCGCCAUUGUCCUCGGCCCGAACCUGCUGUGGAUGCACAACGAAGGGAACAUCCCGGAGAUGAUGACCACAGUUUCCCUGCAGAUCGUCGGCAUCAUCGAGCCCAUCAUCCAGCACGCCGACUGGUUCUUCCCCGGAGAAAUCGAGUUCAACGUCACGGGGAACUACGGAAGCCCGGUUCACACCAACCACAACUCCAACUACAGCUCGAUGCCGUCUCCGGACAUGGAGCAGAUGGAGCGGAAGCAGAACGACCAGAGUCGACGGCCGCUCAGCGUCGCCACAGACAACAUGAUGCUGGAGUUCUACAAGAAGGACGGCAUUAGGAAGAUACAAAGUCCGAGCAUCAUUAAAAGCAUAACCGUCCAUUGUCGCAAGGCCCUGCAAUGGAUGAGCUCGGAUGAUGCAUCCUCCAAUUGGUCGGACUCUGGUUACGCCUACCCCUCCCCUGAGGAGGAGAGGCCGCCUCCCCCUUACCCCUCUUCUUCCUCUUCCUCCUCCUCCUCCUCUUGCUCCUCCUCCUCGCUCCCUCACCACCAUUUCCACACCCGAGCACCUCCCGUUAUGCGUCCAGUCGCUCCCAAUCCCGACUCCGUGCCUCCCGGCCCGUCACCUCCCCCCCGCCACUGUGGCUACAGCCCACCCCCGCUCCCACACUCUCUCUGCCCGUCCCCUCAGCAGCUGGACGUCAACUCCAACCCCAAACCAAAUUCCUUGCACCUGCCCAAACAGGCCUCCCUGUCCGAUGCUUCGCAUGCCGCCCCGUCCGAAACUAAUGGCUCCACCCUUUACAUCAAACCCCCGCUCGUUCUUACUCGUCACGAUCUGUUCCUGGGCUCCCCCAAACCCCCCAACACCCCCCUAUCUGCUCCCCCUCCAUGGGCAGCCUGUGCCUGUAGCCGCGAGAGAGGAGCCAAGCUGACUAGUACUCUAAAGAACAAGGAGCUGUCUCCAGUGAUUGGACAGAAGGGACUCCAGGGGACGAUGACCUCUAGUGGACAAUCUGAUCACAGCCCACUCACCCUGAGGAGAGCCAAGAAGCUGGCCCCGAUCCCACCCAAAGCCCCGUACUGCCAGUCGGGAGCCAUGUCUGACCAGUCGACAGGUCAGCCGUCUCCGGUCAGCCUGUCGCCCACCCCUCCCAGCACCCCCUCCCCGUACAGCUUCAGCUACCCGCAGGGAUACGCCACCAUUGGCUCCCCGGGGCAGAUCCAGAUGGCCACCACCCCAUGUCUCUCCUCUCCCCCCUCGCUGGCCGGGACCCUCACCAAGACUCGGCCGACCCCGAAACCGCCUCGACAGAGGCCCAGCUUACCUCCACCUCAGCCCCCCAGCACGCCGGGCAGCAGCCCCCAGCCUCUGGACCAUUCCACAGGCCUCCUGGACGGUUUGUCUCCUGGGGAAAGCAUGUCCACAGCGGUAUGAGCCGAGAGGUUCAGUGUGAUUCAGUGUGUGAGAGGGACUUUUAGGGUAAGCAGGAGUCCCUGUGUUAAAGCCUCAUCCCCCCCCCCCC